AUGGACGAGCAGUACAUACCGCCUCCACUGGAGUACAAAUAUUCCGUGGGACUGAGAAACGAAUUGGGGACCAGCGAGCGGCUUAGUGGACUUGCGAUUGCAGCAGAAGGCUCCGUAUCGGCUGCAGCCCCAUUCCGUCAGCACCAGGAGGAUACAAAUGCUACCGAGCCUGUCGAGGACCAGCGAAAGGCGUUGGAGGCACGUACUAAGCAGCGCAGGGUGAAACGAGCUUUGUUCUCAUACCUCGCCCUGCGAAGCGUGCCGAAAAGCCAGGAGUGCGUGCGUUCCUCAGUCGGAACGGCCGAGGGCGAACCGUCAUACUACGAUCUGUACCGAAAUACGAACAGAGAAGUCGCCAAUCCACAUGGCUUUGCAGACCAGCCAUCUAGUGACACCACAACAACGUAUGAGGCUCACGCUAACGAAUCCAUGGAGGGACACCAAUGGAGCGCGUCCGACAUGGGCUGCGCUUCAGUCAUCACCAUCCCAAGAGAGAAUGAUGCUGAACGUGACACACCCACUACAUGCCCUGUCGACAUUACUUCUCGUGAUGAAUGGAACGCAGUUGGAGAUGAUAGAAACAACACUCUCCCAUCUGAAACUGGCGUGAAUGCAGGCUGGAGACCCCCAUCCAGUGUGAUCCCAAUCCCGAACUCGUAUAUGCCCGCAGACAACCUCACAGAGGAUCCUACGGCAGAUGCAUGGUACUCGAUGCCGUGGACUACGGAGCCAUGCUCGUGGGAGACAUUGCCCGCAUCUUUCUGGGGUUGCACCUGGCCUCAAUCCGGUUAUCUGGCCGGGUCCGAGACCGACGGUUUCUUACAUCCAUCAAUUCCUGUAGAGCAGUCGGCAGGUUGGCCCUUUGGAAGUGAGGCUAAACAGCCUCAGUAUGCGACCAGAAGCGGGACCACGCCCUUCUGGGUAGAUCACUCACAGGAGCUGUUCCACUUGGGUCCCUCACCUGAUCUACCGGAGCCUAUUCCUUCGUCCGUCGCAGCCAGGUUGUCUUCUAUGCCACCAAAUAUCCCAAAUUUGCAUCGUGUGCAGCAGGCCGAAGAUGUCAGCUUGUCAUUCCUAACUGACAUCCCAAUGCAAUUGCCGUCAUGA